UUUGUAGCUUCUUUCCACAAUCGAAUGGUUGGGAAGAGUUCUUCGUACGAUGCGACUACACACACUCAUCCCGACUCUUCCAGCUGAUCUCGUCUCUGCGUUUGAAAGCUGCGGAAUCAAGACAGAUACGGAUCUCCUUUUCUUCGAUGGGUCUAACAUUGAGUUAUUUGCAAAAUUACCCCGUGGGCUCGUAACUUGUGGGGAACUCGACAAAUACGUGUCGCUGGUCGCGGAGCGGGCAUCUGCUCCUGGCAUCCGCGGUGACGAAGAACUUGAGUCGGCACUCCGCAAGCAGCGUGAAUAUGCUUUAGAAAUAUCUUCUGGAGUGAGCGAGUUGGAUGAACUCGUUGGAGGAUUUGGUAGUGGUCGAGUAUUCGAGAUUUCCGGAGAGAAGGAAUCGGGCAAGACGGCGUUGGCGUUGCAAAUUUCGCUACGACUACUGAUCGCAUAUCCUGAUACAUCUGUGCUUUGGAUGGAUACAUGUGGCGACUUUUCCGUGGACAGGACUACUCGAGUGGCUAAUCAGCUCGGUGCAGAGGAUGUUUCAGCUGUCCUUGAACGACUACAGGUGGCUCUCGUGCUGAAUAUCGGGGAUGCCCAAGGCCUUGUUGCAGACCUUCGCGAGAGAGCAGACGCUGGUUCCAGGGCAGGCGGACCCAGGGUGCGAUGCGUGAUCAUCGAUUCCAUUACGCCUCUCCUCGCACCUUCUUUGAGCAAUAUUUCCGCCCAUGGACACGCAACGAUGACGACCUUCAUGCAAGACCUUCGCGAUUUUGCUCGCACGCACUACUUCACAUUUCUGGUCGUGAACGACACGUCCGCGGUUGUGCAACAAAAUUCCAACUCUCCGUUCGUAUCUGCGAUUCGGAAACCAGCUUUGGGCCCUUCGUUUACUUUCCUCACUGAUUGUACUUUAUGGCUCGUUAAGCAUGGGGAUGUCGAGGGAGAGCCCGCUAGCAUGCAUGAGGCUGAGGUCAUUAGGUCAAGAAUGAUGCAGUCUAAGACGUGGUGCACGUUCAACAUCCGUGAAGGCAUCCUGUAUUCGGCAACCUCUUAGUCUUCCCAUCGACGUCCAUGAAUCUCUGGUUUGCAUAUUUGGUAAAUCAACAAGUCUUGUAAGGUCUCGCACUGACCCUGCGAACGAAACAUUUGAUUUUGUGGACGCGUGCCUAUGACUUGGGACAAUCAG